AGAGUCGUUCAAACCGAAACGAUUCCUCAUGGAUUCACUGCUUCUGGCGCGGAUGCCAGCGUGUUUUUUUUCCCCCACGGAGGAUUGAGAUCAAACCCUGAACAGCAGAGAUGUUAGCAAUUCAAAAGCAAGCCCAAGUGACCGCAGGCGUGUGGGAAAGGAAAGGAUCUGAUCUGAUCUGAUCUAAUCUGGUUAGAUCUCAUGUGUCUUUGUGGUUUUUUUAUCAGUGCAAUGUGAUGCUGGGAGCGCAAACUUCAAUCACAAACACAGCUGUUUGGACUUCUGGUGUAAAAAUGAGCGUGGAUGCGCUGGACAUCUGGUCACAUCUGGAUAGAUUGGUGGAGAGAGAGGAUAAAAGACGAAGUCGCGCUGUGGAAACAAUAUAAACACAGAGCUGCUGUGGCAGGGAUCAACUGAUGCAACCAUUCCAGUGGUGUAACGGGUGCUUCUGCAGUUUGGGAUUGAUCUUCUCCAAUAAGUCGUGCACCAUGCCACCCGUCACAUUUCAGGACCUGCCGCUCAACAUCUACAUGGUGAUCUUUGGGACAGGCAUCUUCGUCUUCGUGCUCAGCCUCAUAUUCUGUUGCUACUUUAUAAGUAAGCUGAGACACCAGGCACAAAGCGAGAGGUUUGGAUAUAAAGAGGUCAUCUUGAAAGGGGACACAAAGAAGUUGAAUCUUCAUGGGACAUGUGCUGUGUGCCUGGAGGACUUCAGGGUGAAGGACGAACUGGGAGUCCUGCCGUGCCAACAUGCCUUCCACAGGAGAUGUGUGGUGAAGUGGCUGGAGGUGCGGUGUGUGUGCCCCAUGUGUAACAAGGCCCUGGGUGGAGGAUCGGAGCAGCACCACAGCAUAGGCACACUGCUGGACGAGCUGGUCUAGAGGAGACGAAAAUGUUUCGAGUAUGAAGAGACGCUUUAAUUUUCACAAUUUAAUUCGAAAUCUGACUCAGAGCUGCUGGACCUUUUGGCUGAUCCAGGCCUUGUCUCAAACUGGACCUCAGUAAACAGAGGAGAAACAUGGCUGAAGAAGAAGGAGCUGAGAUGAUCCAUGCACAUUCCAGCGAUGUUCUGUACACUGCCACUUAACUGAACACUGCCACUGAUGAGCCCAAGACGGUUGUACACAAUGCUGCAUGUGUGUGUGUUUUAUCACCAAUUCCAGCUACAUUUUCACAAACUAGCAACUGUGUUUCUGAAACACCAGCACAGAUUCAUGAUGUUUUUUUGUAACGUUUAAAAGUGUUUCUAGACUUGUAACAAUCGUAUGAUUUCAAUGAUUGUGAGUUGUAACAUUGCCAUAUAAUGGAUUUAGCUAGUUUUCUGUUCUCAGGCUUCUGUUUUUUUUUUUUUUUUUACAAUUUUCUGGGCCAGAAAUUAGCUCCACCCCCAGCCACACCAGAGCAUUGCCUGGUAAAAGGCUAAAAGUUAUACAAGGUUGCAAAAGAAGAAGAAGGCUUGCUGCAAAUGUUUUUCAAUUGCAAGUCAUCAGGAAUUGGAAGAAGGCUCUAUAAAUCGCGUACUGCUUCUUUAAUUUUAAACAGAUGGCCAGCUUUUCUUACAACUGUUCUAGAUUCUAGAGAUGGACAGUAUAAAAAUUAUAUAAGUAUCUUAGGGAAUACAAACACACAAUAUGUGAAAUAUGGCCAUUGAGCAUAAAUGAGCUAAAUUGUUAGCCUAAUUCAUUAGCUACUUUAAGCUUAGUGGCCAUAUUUCACAUACUGUGUGUGUCUGUAUACCAUAAAAUAUUUAUUUUAAUUGAAAUUCUUCAUGCAGGUGGAAGAAGGCUCUUAAAAUCACAUACUACUUCUUUAAUUUUAAACAGAUGGCCACUUGUAUUGGUUGUAUUGCUUUUCUUAUAAGGCUAGGAAGAAAAGUGUUAUCAAAAUGUUUUAUAGAAUACAAACACACUAUAUACAAAAUAUGGUCAUUGAGCAGUAGCAAGCUAAUAAAUUAUGAUAAUAUUUAGCUACUAAACACAUAGCUGUUGACUCUUUUAUAGCAGAAACAAGACAAACCCAUUGGAAAUACCAAUAUUUACCUCAAAUGUGUUGGUAAAUUAGUAGGAAAAGUGUCUGUAAGACUACAAUUACACUGUAAUUACAUUUAGCAUUGACCGCUAACCAAACUACUUUGGAUUCUGCCAUAUUGAGAAACAUGAAUCAACUCCUGAACUAGAAGCUGUUAAAAAAAGUUCAGCAGGGAAGUAAUGAAUAUUUGAAGAGUGUGCUGUGUAUGUGGACUUUUCUUGAAACAUGAUAAAUACACAACCUCCAUUUUGACACAGAACCCUUCAUGUAGGAAUUGUUGUUGCUAGGCAACUUGGAAAUGAGGCGCUGAGCAUAAACAAGCUAGUGACAGAGGCUAGCUAGCAGAUUCACUUAGCUAGACUGUAACAGGUCAGGUUUUAUGGAUAAUCUAAAGGCAAAAUGACAGUGGAAAUGAGACAAAACUGUCAGGAAUAUCAACAUUUCUCUCAGAUAUGUUGGUAGAUUACAAAUAAAAGGCUUUAUACAGCUAAAAUAACACUGUAAUUACUAAAUUGCUAGCCAAGCACCAAUAAAAUCUUAGCAAGUAAAAAGAAUAUAGCCAUGAAUAUAGCCAUGUUUAUAAAGUUUUUCCCAUUAUUAUUAUAAAUAGUUUACAAUAAACUAAAUAAAUGAUUAUUAAACCUGUUUCUAGUAAGCCAUUUUUAUUAUUUUCAAGCUAUUAUCAGCUCAUUUUUCUAAUUCAAGAAUUUGUUUCUAGAAAGAAGAAAGAUUAUCUGCCAAUAGAAUAAGAAAAGCUUGAAAUGUGUAAAAGCAUCUAAAACAGGAUGAAUACUAUUAUAUUUGAUUUAUAAUAAGAAAUAUUAGAUAGAUUUGCCCAUAUUUAAGAUAUUUUUGAAGUGUUGAGAGAUGUCAACAUUAUGUCACACCUCAUGAACUUGCAGCUAUUUAAGAAAUGACAAAUUAACAUUUUAUGUGAUUUAUUUUUUUGAUUGCAAAUGCCAGAAAAGUGGCUCCUCUGCAAAAAUAAUAUAAUAUAAUAUAAUAUAAUAUAAUAUAAUAUAAUAUAAUAUAAUAUAAUAUAAUAUAAUAUAAUAUAAUAUAAUAUAAUAUAGAUGAAUACACCCCAAUCUGAAUGUAGCAGAAACUGAAUCUGUGUUCUGUCACUUUUUAGAAUUAAUAGUGAAAUAUUUGUAAAGUAUGUGUUAAAAAAAAGAGGUUUAUCACCCAGCUUUUGUUCAUUCUUUGAAUUCAGCACUGAAAUCUAUUGAAAUUUUGUGCGACAUCGGUUUGAAUACACAGUGCCAACAUUAGUUCCCAUGUGUAUAAACUUUUUUCUCUCUUUGUGUCCUUCUGUUUUGUAACAGAGUUAAUAUUCCUGUUGAAACAUUUCAUUGUUUAUGUCAGUGUUGAGAAUAAAUCAGAACUGCAAUGCUUCAGUGUCCACCGGUCUUUACAGUGUGUGUGUGUGUGUGUUAGUUUUACAUCAGGUUUUAG